CACCUCCCACAAUGCAUUGCGCGUCCAACAUGGCGUCUCACCUCGCAGUGUGACAUUUGUCAACAAGACCAAACCGUUGCUAAAGGAAAAAAGGACAGUGCACCGAGGUCGGUACUGACGUCACAGAGAGGAGGAUGAAACUGCUGCUGACGGUGUUGAGACGAACCCAGAAACCGGCUCUUUACGGCGGACACCGGAACCGGAGUCUGAGCUCCUCUCCCAGCAGCGGCCUCUCACCUGUCCGGGAUGACGCUCUGGUCGUCGGGUCAAGCCAGGAGCUCGUGCGGAGACUCGGCUCGCAGGUGGAGGUGAGGACGAGCUUCAUCACGGAGGAGGAGGAGGGGGCUUUUCUGCAGGAGCUGGAGCCUGGCCUGAAGAAGAAGCGUUAUGAAUAUGACCACUGGGACGAUGCGAUUCACGGGUACCGAGAGACGGAGAGAGCGAGGUGGGGUGCGGCCUGUGAGGAGGUCUUGAACCGUGUCCGGUCCUCCGCCUUUCCUGAGGGUAGUCAGCUCCUCGGGCCUGUGCACAUUUUAGAUCUGGACAAGAACGGCUUCAUCAAGCCUCACAUAGACAGUGUCAAGUUCUGUGGUAGCACCAUCGCCGGGUUGAGUCUCCUGUCUGACAGUAUCAUGCGCCUGGUGAGGGAGGAUAACAGCAGUGAAUGGUUGGACCUGCUGUUGCCGCGACGCUCCCUCUACAUACUGAGGGAUGAGGCGAGAUAUAACUUCACUCAUGAGAUCCUGAAAGAGGAAGAUUCUGUGUUCAGUGGACAGCGAGUGCCCCGUCUGCGCCGUAUCUCGGUCAUCUGUCGGAACCUCCCGGGUUAACUCCCGCUUGGACUCAAAUUGAAACACUGACAGAACAAAACCUGAAUUUUGAGGACUGUUAUCUUUAUUCAAAAAAAUGAAGCAGUUAACCCUCAUUCUAUUUAAUGCAAGUGUCAAACUGAGAUACUCUUCACACUGCACUGUUGUGUUGUCAGCUCACAUCUGUCAAAGUAUGUAUUACACUCAAGAUCAAGAUCGCUGAAUGAGCCAAUAACUGUUUCCCGUGGAGCAGAAGCAACGGCUGAUUUAAAGUAAACAUGUUUCUGCACAACUCUACACAAACACUGAAUCAUCUUUCCUGCCGAUUAAAGAUACAUUCAGUUAUGAAUCACAGCAGGAAUGUUAGAUAUUGAUGUAUAAAAUAUCAGUUUAUGAAAAUGUGGAUACACCAUUAAAGGCGCAGAGAGUCUAUUUUCAAUAGAGCCUGCUGCAAACACUUUGAUUUUGACAUUUAUUUCGUGCCUCUCUACUUCUGUAUAAUACAGACUCUUUGUGAAUAAUUUACAAAUAAAAACUUGGCUGUAAAAAGGCUCUCCUCGCUUUAAUAAUAAUGAUAAUACUGCACGGCUAAUGUUAGACGUUUCUUUGAGGGAAUGGGAUUCUCUUGUGUUAAAGAUGGCUUGUUUUCUCUUUGUGGUUUAACACAGAGAAAACAGUUCUGUAAUCUUUGUCCAUGUUAUAAAUAUGCUAAAACAUC